CCUCGUGUCCACCUGGUGUCCACCUCGUGUCCACCUCGUGUCCACCUGGUGUCCACCUCGUGUCCACCUCGUGUCCCCUACGUGCCUACUGCGUGUCCACUGCUUGCGCGCCGCGUGUCCACUGUCUACUGCUUGCUCGCUGCUUCUCCGCAAGGGGCUGUCGAAUGAGGAAGGUCGCCUCCCGUCGAGGAGGAUAUAGCGUGUUUCCGGGGCCGCCGGCGCCGCGGUGGAGUGCCCGGAGGUGCCCGGAAACGCCCCGGGGGGGGGGCGGCUGCCCAUAGCCAGGCCGGGGGUUGAUGCCUGACGGUCGCUUCCGGGUAGCGGAAGUAGCGUCCUCUGAGUCUCCGGCACGGCCGUGAUGGCACGCCCGACAUGCACUCGUGCGUCACGCUCGUGUCCAACGGCGACCCCCGCACCCGGUUCCCCAACAUCGUGCGGCCGUACCAGCCCGUCCCGAGGCCGCCCGGGAGGCGCACCUCCUUGGGGGCGUCCUUCUUCGGCGUGAGCAGAGGAGCAGAGUGCGGCGGCAGCACCCCGUACGAGCGGCUCACCCUCCAGCUGCACCAUGACCGGCGCUGGCGGCAGGAGGUCUCCCUGGGCAAGCGGGUCGGGCUGUACCGCAUGCGCGGCGACCUGGGCGCGGGCAACUUCAGCAACGUCAAGAUGGCCGUGCACCAGCUCACCUCGGGUAAGCAGGCAACAGCCAAGGCUACAGCCUGCCGACUGAUUCCGAAGAGCGCUCUCCUAUACCUUCCGUAUAGCUCCGUCCUUGUCGCACUCGUGGGGCAGCACCCCUCGAGUCUGCUGUGCCUCCGGGCGCCGGGCGGGUAGGCCGCGCGGGCGGCGCGCGACACAGCUGCGCCGCGGGUCUGCCUGUGUGCGGAUCCACAGGCGCUCUCCGCCCGGACGGGACGCGCACGGCGAGAGCCUGCGUCGCGAAAAGCGGGCGCUAGUGCGCGUGGGACAACUCUGGGAACGCAAGUGUGAACAUGUAUGCGUCACACUUUCAUUUCCUUACGGACUAGCUUACGGAUAAUUUUG